AACGCCACGGACAUAGUUUUUAACGAACUUCGCAGAGGAUUCUUUGCGGCAGUGAAAGAAAAAAGCGAUAAAGAUUCUUCACCAGAACUCUCUUUGAGCACUGUCUGCGUUUCAGAGCCAACGCUUCUCGAAUGCGAGGGGACUGGGUUUGGUGCUCUGCUACUGGCUACCUUAGAUCACGUGUCAUACUGUCAUUUGCUAGGAAUAUACAACAUAACAUUUCAAUGGAGAAACUGCGAAACGUACUGUAUAAAAGACCCCGAGCAAAAUUCUUGGCCAGCAUAUUUUGAGCCUCUAAACACAGAUUUUGACUUGAGUGCAUCCAGAGUUCUUUGUCUGGGUGGUUUAAUCGGCGGGCGAGUAUUAGCACGCGAGACUGCAAAGGCAAUCAAAUGCUUAAAUCCACAACAAAUUAAGCAAUUUGAUUGGGGCUUGAGGACUAGCUCCUUGUUAGAAUUUGGGUUUAGAAAACGGCAGAGUGUCCCAGGCUACGAAGAAGGCGCGAUAAUUACACCGCAACUAAGAAAAUGGGUACAUGGCAUGAUCACUGAAUACAUCCAACCACAGAAAUUUAUACAGACACGAGCUGAACAAUUUUACAUUGAUAACAUGCAAGGGUUCAAUUUACUGGGAGUUCACAUACGGGGUACUGAUCAUUGGUCGGAGACAGAGAAUAAGACUUUACCGGCAUUGGAACAGUGGAUUCAUGAUACACAGCAAAUAUUUGACACUCUAGAAUACCCUAAAAGAAUCUUUUUGGCCAGUGAUAAUAACGAGGGUGUUCAACUUUUUGUGAAACAUUUUGGAGAGGAUAAGGUAAGAUCUUUAUCACUGGUAAGGUAUUACAGAGGCAGCUAGGAAAAAGUUAAUUCCUUCCUUCUUCUGGUGAUUCUUAUCCUAAUUCUCCUGUUCCCGCUUCACCUCAUGCAGCAAUGAUGUGAAUGCCUGGACUAGAUUUCUUAGAAAUGUUUACAGUAUAUAUAAAAAAAUUCCGGCAAAGUGCGAAAUCUCGGUUAUAUCCCUUUUCUUCUGUACUAACCAGAAAGCUCGGAAGAAUUCUCUACCGACGUCUCUUAAACCAAAUCUAUUUUGAUUAAGCAAACCUUCUUCCAUCGAAAAAUUACUCAUAUGUUCGAGUGGAGCAGUACCACUGAAAGACUCCUAAGACCGAUUAAUUCCGAGUUGUUACGUUUGUCUUUGCAAAUGGUGACAAUGAUAAACCCACCCGGACUACAUAAAAAUUUUUGAUUUCCACAGCCCAAAAAUUCAAGAUAGUUCUGAACCAGAUGAUGAGUUCCCUUACCAAAGAUAUUUCAAAGUGCUUUCUUUACUCGUUUUACACAAUGAAGCAGAUGCUACCGGCUAAGUAAGACAAAUACAAAUCGAAGGACGUGUGCAUACAUAUCCUUCGUUCCAGAUACUCAACUAUUACAGUCUAAUAAAAUUUAAUUUGCGCAUAGUUCCUUUGUAAUAAUCUCUACUCAGUAUUUGCUUGUUUACAGGUGGUUGUUACUGCGGCAAAAAGAGCGGAGAAUUAUCAUUCUCAUAGUCCAGUCAAUUCUCACGUGACCAACAAUGCGAUUGAGAUUGGUACCCAGGUCCUUAUCGACAUUUUAUUGCUGGCUAAAUGUAGUUACUUUCUCCAUGCCGAGUCAAGCGUGGCUUCUCUGGCAGCGUUUUUCAACCCGGAAAUGAAACUGUUCUUUCUUGGGCAUUUGCACGACAACAUGGUGAGUGGUUUCUAAGCCCUGCUGAUCUCCUUCCUCCCCAGAGGGAGGGGGAGGGUACUUGACCAAAAAUUUAGCAUACACUGUGAGGGCAAUACCUACAAUGUAUAGGACAACCUUGAAGGUACAGCGUGUGUUUUAUGACCCCAUUUAGACAAUGACGUUAAGAAAUUUUUAAUUUCGGUCAAUCAGAAAAGGGCUGAGGGUUACCCAUUCAAUAGCUUUCCGAUCAGCCUUACCUUCAAUUGCAAGUUUAAGUGUUAUUCUAUAUUGCUGAUCCUGAUCUACACCAAUGUCCAGCUUUCCCUCGCAGCUGGUUGUUUAAGUGGUCCUUACAAAACUUGUUUGGUAAGAGAAAGUGUCAAAGGCUCCCCUGUUCGUUUACUUUGGUGGGGUGGGAUACGGCUACUCAGGAGUGUUGCUCAACUCCUCCAGUUCUCCCUGAAAGAGCUAUUCAUUUCACCAUUUGGGUCAUGGAGAGAGACAAUUUCUUGUCUAAAAACAGGGCCGGCAACAGUACCGCGCUUAGCUUGUCGUGGAACGAUACGAUAGCAACCGUGGUACACUGUACAUGCAUUUGCAGCCGAAAGCUUUGUCUUUACUUAUUUCUUGGUACUGUUCACAGGUUAAGGUUGCAGGAGGUUUUCUUAUAUUAAGGUUUCAUUUCCUUUAGGUUGAUAAAGAUGAUAACGUAGAAACCUUACCUGAGCUAAGCGAUGAAGUUGCAGAGGCUGAGUGGGAAGAGGGAUGGAUCAAGGAAUCAGAAGCAUUAACUCAGUGUUACAAAGAGAACAGUCCAUACAGCGCAUGCCCGAAUAUGGCAAGGGGAAAACUGAUCGACUCCGAAGAUGUCCGAGAAUUUUUGUUUUAA